AGUGUAGUGGUUAUCACGUUCGCCUAACACGCGAAAGGUCCCCGGUUCGAAACCGGGCGGAAACAGCAGCCAAGGAGGCUUUUUUCCUCCCUUCCUGCCGGACCGCAGCACUGCUCUCGGCUUCGCAGCCUCCGUGCCAGAGUUGUUUUAUUUAAAGCCGCGGCGCGGCCUGGCAGGAAUAUUAAACCCGUUUCAUUCCGCAAUUUCGCCGGCCGCCCCCGGCGCGGGGGCCGGAACUCGCGUCCCGGAAGCGGCGGCGGCGUCAGCGGGACAUGGCGGCCUGAGCGCAGCGCUCAGCCCUCACUGCGCUCCGCAGGUCAGGAAGUGUCUGCAGCGCGUUCUCAAGAUGCAGUAUUCCCAUCACUGUGAGCACCUGCUGGAGAGGCUGAACAAGCAGCGAGAGGCCGGAUUCCUCUGCGACUGCACCGUGGUCAUCGGGGAAUUCCAGUUCAAAGCACACAGGAAUGUGCUUGCCUCCUUCAGCGAGUAUUUCGGGGCCUUUUACAGAGACGCAUCUGACAACAACGUUGUCUUGGAUCAGACUCAAGUGAAAGCUGAUGGAUUCCAAAAGCUCCUGGAAUUUAUUUACACGGGAAACUUAAACCUUGACAGCUGGAAUGUGAAAGAGAUUCACCAGGCUGCCGACUAUCUCAAAGUAGAAGAAGUGGUCACUAAAUGCAAGAUCAAGAUGGAGGACUUUGCUUUUAUUGCUAAUCCCUCUUCCACAGAGACAUCCAGUAUCACUGGGAAUGUUGAAAUGAACCAGCAGACCUGCCUCCUGACUCUCCGAGACUACAACAAUCGGGAGGAGAAGGAAGAUGCUGCUGCUGCUGCAGAGCUGGUUCCACCCCAGGCAAAGAAAGCGGCUUUAGAAAAGAAAUCUCCUCAAGCCAAAAAGCGAAAGAAGAAUUUCAGCCCCCCCAAAAGCACAGAUAAUAAAUCCCUACACUAUCAGAACGAGGUGGCUGAGAACACAUCCUUUGAGAUGUUUUUAGAUGCAAAUAAGCUGGCCACCCACAUAACAGAGCAGGCUGCCCAGGGCAGCGAUAACUCGGAGCUGCAGCUGGCAGCGGUGGUGGAGAGCGAAACGCUGGCGGCACAGGAUAUCCUGGCCCAGAGCAUGGCAGCCAAACAGAAACGGGGAAAGCCUCAGCAGAGCUGUGCCCUGAAGGAGCACUGCAUGUCCAACAUAGCCAGUGACAAGAGCACUUACCAGCUGGAGAGCUCGGGGGAGGAGCUGGAGCAGAAGUUCUCCAAAGCCAAGCCGGUGUGCAACACGUGUGGGAAGGUGUUCUCCGAAGCCAGCAGCCUCCGGCGGCACAUGCGGAUACACAAAGGGGUGAAGCCCUACGUGUGCCAGCUCUGUGGGAAGGCCUUCACCCAGUGCAAUCAGUUGAAAACACAUGUAAGAACUCACACAGGGGAGAAGCCGUACAAGUGUGAACUGUGUGACAAAGGCUUUGCCCAGAAGUGCCAGCUGGUGUUCCACAGCCGGAUGCACCAUGGAGAGGAGAAGCCUUACAAAUGUGAUGUCUGCAACCUGCAGUUUGCAACCUCGAGCAACCUGAAGAUCCACGCCAGGAAGCACAGCGGGGAGAAGCCGUACGUGUGUGACCGCUGCGGGCAGCGCUUCGCCCAGGCCAGCACGCUGACGUACCACGUGCGGCGGCACACCGGGGAGAAGCCCUACGUGUGCGACAGCUGCGGCAAAGCCUUCGCCGUGUCCAGCUCGCUCAUCACCCACUCCCGCAAACACACAGGAGAGAAGCCAUAUAUCUGUGGCAUUUGUGAAAAGAGUUUUAUUUCCUCUGGAGAGCUCAAUAAACAUUUUCGGUCCCAUACAGGUGAAAGACCAUUUAUCUGUGAAAUGUGUGGAAAUUCCUACACAGAUAUAAAAAAUCUUAAGAAGCACAAAACAAAAGUUCACACAGGACCUGAAACUUCUCCUGAUUCUACUGCACUUGAUAAUUCUUUCAAUGAACAAGAAUCCAUUCAGGGUCAGAAAAGUCCUUUAUCAGAGUCCAUAGAUGUGAAACCCUCUGAGAUGUCUUUAGCACUUCCUCUCCCCAUUGGGACUGAAGACCAUCAGAUGCUGCUCCCUGUGACAGGGAGCCAGUCCCCUUCAUCAGAAACAUUACUGAGAUCUGCUGUGACAGGAUAUUCAGAACCUCAGUUCAUUUUCCUGCAGCAGUUGUACUGACAGAGCAGUGCAGAGCCAUCCAGGUAGUUUGGUAGUGAACUUGGAAAUAUUUGGUAAGAUGAACACAAACAACCAGUCAUGCUCUCUGAAUUGGACAUGUUCUUUGUUUUCCUCUAUGUAAAGACACCUGUAAGGCAUUUCCAUUGUGCAGUGCUGGAUUGUGCUAUUCUACAAUCAGAUUUCUAUUUGUGAUUAACACUGAUUUCCAGGAGAUGACUCCGGCAACACACCUGCCUUAAGAAUUCUCUGUUACAUAUGUUAAUGUACUUUGGAGUUCUCUUCCCAUGUUCCUGCUCAUUUGAUGUGUCACAGUGUCAUUUGAGAACAGAUAUUUUAAGCCAUAGUUGAUAGUUUAGGAAGAUUAACCCAGAGGUGUAGGGAGAUAUCAUAAUUUGGAUGUAUUAGUAAGCCUGCACUCCAGGGUGCUGGAAUGGUCCAUGGUGAAGGCAGUCAAUGCUCUGCUGAGCUGCUUGUGUAGAUUUGCUGCUGGCUGCCAGAAGUGCCAUCUUCAGGUGGAGCCUGACCAGAGGGAAAGGUUUGGGUGUAUUUUCCUGACAAGAAAAGUAAAGGAGGGUGAAUUUUUGUCUGAAGUGUGGUGAGUGGGAGGGUCCUAAUGGCAUGGAUACUCCUGGGUCUUCUUUACAACAAAUUGCCUUUGUUUGUUUGUUUGAAGUGAAUCCAACAUUGUUGUAUCUUGUCCCAGAUUUAUUUUUCACAUCCUUAAAACACUGUGGGUUUGGCACAAAUAGCAACAAAAGGAGAACUGGGACAUGCAUGUUGUAGCUGAGGCGAAAAGAUACAGUGAGUUCAUUAGUGAGGCAUGAAUCAGAGGCUGAUAAUCCUUUUUUUUUUUGGCUGUAGUGCUGCUUCUUGUGCUAGACAGGAGGUACAAAAGAGGAGAUAAAUCCCGCCCUUCACUGUGAAAAUAAUAAGUGAACACUAAAUGAGGAGGCAUUGAAGAAUAAUACAACAGAGCAGAUUGAUAUUCUUCCAGGAAAGAUUUUGUUAGUUUGACUGAUUUGUUUUAAUUAAAGUUUUUUGUAUUGCUUUACCUCUCAUGUCACUUGCCCACAGUAACUGCACAAAACUGGUACCUAGCAAGGCCCAGGUAAAGACAGGCUUUAUUACUAGCAACAGACAUAUUUUAAAAGCAACAUUUUAAUGUCUUGGUAGGGUCAUAAAAGACUAGGUGACAGUAGAAGUACUUUUCUACUCCAUUUUGCCAGUUUGUGCCAUUAACAGUUGUAAGCAUUAUUUAUGUAAUCAUCAGACAGUAAUGAAGCAGUCAUGAUACUGUACCAACAAUGCAUUUAAAGCUGUCCUUUGUUGGUCAUUUACUUGGUGCUAGCAUUUAUUUCCACCGAUGCCUUUGUCCAGACGCUGAUAAAUAGAAGAGCGUAGAAGAUACCUCUUAACUGAUUCCAUUCUACGUGGAGUAAUAAUUAAUCUGCACCUUAAUUAAACAGACUUGUGAAAAAUUUCUUGAAGGAUUUCAUUUAAAGAGUCUGAAAAUUGUCCCUUGACUCCUGAGUGUGACUGUAAUUUUUUUUUCUCUUCCUCCAUGUUUGUAUUUGUAAAGUAAUAGACCUUUUGCUGCUUUGUGUUGAUCAUUUUAGUGUGGGGCAUGUCUAUAACCUGCUGCUUGGUCACAUUUUAUGCUUUAAUAUAUGGUAGAUUUGCUGAUGAAGCCUACCAUGGGCAGCAGGAGUACAGCCAUGUUCAACAGGAACAUCCCUAAUGCAGGAAUCUCUCACACUGUCCCCACUGGAGAUGGGUAUUGCAGGGCCUUUCAUUUCCCUGCUUGUCUGUCCCACAGCACUUAUGAACAGCUGAUGUUCAUAAUGCUGGCAAAAGACAAAGGAUAAAGUUCUCUGGUAUUUUAUUUUUGGCAUUUCCCUUUGUCUCCCCUCAUGUCUCUUUCAGUUCUGUUGUUGGUGUAGCCCCUCAGCAUUUUAAGACUGAAGAACCACAAAGUCAGGAUCUUGACUGUGUGUAGCUUGUACUAAGCUUCUUCUUUGCUGUCUCUCUCUGAAAGUAGAACAGAAAUCUUGGGAUUGACAUAGGUUUAGUCAUGAAUACUGAGAAAGAAAACACUGUACAACUGAUAACUUGCAUAUUUAAACAGCUUUGGAAGACAAAUUAAUGAUAUGCUGCUGGUACCUGAGGAAAAGCAGCUCAGGAUAAACAUCCAGGAUAAAUGAGCAGGAGAGAGAACAGCUCUGGAGAGAAACCUAAACAAUAACUACAUUCCUACAUAGAAAAUGCAUUCCAUAACAGUGUUUGUUUGGACUGGUUUUAUAUUUCUAAAAUUAUAGCUUAUUACUGUAUUCUUAGAUUUCAGACUUUUUUAAAAAAUACAGUGCUUAGAUUUAUACAGGAUUUGUUUAGAUACUUAUAACAGUAACAGUUGCUUUAUUAGUCAUUUAGUUUUCUUUAUAGACAAGAAGAUAUUCAUUAUUUUUUACAAGACAACAAUUUUAUCCUUUCUUAAUAGAAUACACAGGCUUGUAGUUUUGUCUUGGAGCAAUAAUUUAGUGACCUGCACUCUUGAGUCCCCAUCUGAAAAUCUUGAUUUUUAUCCUCAUCUUUCGUGAAGAUAUCUCAGCUGCUGAGGUAUGAUCUCUACCAACUGUAUUCAUUUACUAGAAUAUAGAUUUUAAAUAAAUAAAUAUAUAUAAAUAUAUAUAUAUAUAUAUAUAUUUGUAGGUGUGUUCAGGCUGUAGGUCUGAACCUACACCUGUACCUUUUCCCAAUAGAUGCAUGGAAAUCAGCUGCACAUGUCAGUCCUAGGUUUAAGGGUUCUGGGUUCAUUUUGAAGUACAAGGCUUAUAACAGUAUUGGUAAUUUCUGUAAGGGAUUAUUAAUAUGCGAGAGCAUGGAAUCUUUUUAGGCAUGUGUCCUUGCAAAAGAAAAGAAGGAACUUCAAUAAUUCAAUGAAGAGUAAUACAAAGAAUAUGACAUGUUUUGUCACACUGCUGUUUCAGUCAAUUUUGCACUGAAGUUGGUGCAAGUUUUGCCUGAAUAGUUUAUCUGCAUCUCUAAGUCUCUAAAUUGACUGUUUGGAAGUACUUAGGUGAGAAUAGCUCCUUGUAUCACAUUUACUUCUAAAUUAGUGCCUCUAAGUGGGCACAAAGCAUGACAACCUUUCUGAAAUCAUGUGCUACAAAACAAUUUUCAAGUACAGACAAGUCCCACAUGAAGGAUUUCAGGGCUGUGAUCCCGGAGAGGCUCAGUAAGCCUUGCAGAACUAAGUUCAGAUAAGGACUAAUAACUGAUUUUUUUGGUUAAAUUAUUUUUAAAGUAUCUGCCAUGUAUAUACAAUUUUUCCUCUGUUAUUUGUAUAUACCUCAACUCUCAAUUUUAUAAUCCCCUGGGAAGGGAGGGAGUUGUACAUAUUUAGCCUGAAGUGUUUUAUGUUAGACUUUAAUAAACUUGUUUUAUAAUUUUCCCUCA